AUGAGUGAGUCUACCGGCUUGGAAUCGAUGUACAGGUUUUGCAGAGCUGUGAUCGGUUCUUUCGGAGAACAGUACCUCCGGCAACCUAAUGCAGAGGACACAGCUCGUCUGUUGUCAAUCAACGCUUCCAGGGGGUUUCCUGGGAUGCUUGGCAGCAUAGACUGCAUGCACUGGGAGUGGAAGAACUGCCCCUUUGGUCGGCAGGGGGCAUACAGUGGCCAUUCUGAGGGGUGCACAGUCAUUCUUGAAGAUGUUGCUUCACAGGAUACAUGGAUUUGGCACUCAUUCUUCGGAAUGGCUGGCUCGCACAAUGACAUCAAUGUGCUUCAGCGCUCUCGGGUGUUUGAUAGGCUAACGUACGGUCAGUCCCCUGAUGUGGAUUUUGAGAUCAAUGGCCACCACUACACCAAGGGGUACUACCUUGCUGAUGGUAUCUAUCCACCUUGGGCUACACUCGUGAAGACAAUCCGAAAACCCAACUCAGUGCAGGAGGCAAGGUUUGCCAAAGAGCAGGAGGCAGCCCGGAAAGAUGUCGAGCGGGCGUUUGGCAUCCUCCAAGCUCGUUGGGCUAUCGUCAGACACCCUGCCAGAGCCUGGGAUGUGCAAACUCUGUGG